UCUAUCCGUGUUGUUUACUAUCUGUGAAUAAUAAAUAGUAUUCUCCAAGUAAUAAACUACAUUUGGUAAUUCACAUAUUGUGCAAUAUUCCCAUGAACUUGUGUUGUUUAUAGUGCAAUUGUGUGAAAUCAAUGUCUUCAGAGGCAUAUCUGUUUUACGAUUGUGUGGAUUCGUUACUUGCACGAAUCAGUAGAUCAGUUUCAAAUUGUUCAAACUCGGAUUCUAAAGAACUUUCCAAGGAUCAUUUGCUCGAACUGGAAUCACUGUUUGGACAGGCAUUGCUUGAACGGGCACUCACUUUGGUGCAUGGAAAAACUCCCAUAAAACUAUAUCGCACCCCAAACGGAAUCGGACGAUUGUACGAAAUUCCAGGAUCAAAAGUAGCAGUCACAUACAAAGUUUUUCCAGCUAUAAAUUUCUGCACCUGCGAGUCCUUCCGCUAUUGGGUACUACAGCAGCGCCAUCAGCCAACUUGUAAACAUAUUCUAGCAACAAGCUUAGCUAAACUGCUCGGCAAGGUAGCUGAGGAGGUACUGGAAGAUAAAUAUUUUUUCAAACUGAAGUCCGAAUUGAUUAAGGAGCGUAUGAAAACUAUCAGCCACCCGGUACAAGGAACAUCGAAUCAACCUCGCGUGCUUUCCCCUUAA